AUGUCCUCCCGAUUCCUCCCCCGAUCGACCUCCAUCCGUCCCCCUCUUCUCUCUCCUCGGACCAUCCGACCUAUUCCCCUCCCUCUCACUCUAAGACCUAUACCAUACAGCACUUCCACAAGUAGCGGUACUACACCACCUCGGAUCAGAACAACCGCAUUUCUGUCCAUCGCUGUCCUCACAUCUGCUUAUCUCCUAUACCAAUACGAAACCACCGCCUCACCAUCAUCGGGAUCGUCAGAAGGUGGGAAGGGAAAGAGCUUGAAUGAACAAUAUGGAUCUAAAUUUGAUAUUCGAAUAAGAACUUCUCGAAAUGGCGUACAAUCCUACGAGUUUAUAAGGAAAUCAGAGGAAGAAGUAGAAAGGAUAUUGACUGAACAUGAAAGUGGAAAUAAUCAAGUUGGUAGAAAAGGUAAUCCAGUGAUCAGAUGGGAUACAAAUUGGGUAGGAUCAAAUGAACCUUGUGAAGAUAGAUUUGCAUCAAAUAUCAUACCUAGAAAACACAGCUCAAACUCCCCCUCCCACAAAGCCAGUACUGAUAUCACGGGGGGACAGGGAGAAGGUGAAGGUGGAAAGGAUUUAAUGUUAUUUUCGAUAAUCGAUGGUCAUGCUGGUGAUGCCACUUCGAAAUUGUUAGAAAAAACUUUACAUCCUACUUUAUCUGUUGCCUUGGCUGGACUUCAAGCUGGCUAUGUACCUAAUGAUCCACAAGGUAAAUCGUGGUAUGAUAAGUUGAACCCUAUCUCUUGGUUGUAUAGCUACACGAGGACGGGUUCGUGGAAUCCCGAGAAUGUUACAAGGACACUGCAACAUGCGUAUACCGAAUUGGACGAUCACAUCUGUCAAUCACCUGUCAAACUCCUUCAAACCCUCAAACAACCUUCUAACCCCUCAGAUUACCCAACCCCACGUCAGACGCUCGUAGCACUGGCUCAACCUGCCGCAUCAGGUGCAUGUGCCAUAACGACGUUUGUCGAUUCCGAGAACCAAGAUUUGUAUGUGGCUUUGGCGGGGGACUGUCGGGCGGUGGCGGGCUGGCAGACGAAAGAUGGCAAAUGGCGGUGCGAUACGUUGACGGAAGAUCAAAUGGGGGAGAACCCCAAAGAGGUGGAGAGGAUGCAAAAGGAACAUCCAGCUUCGGAACGGGAUACGGUGAUUAGAGGGGGGAGGGUUCAAGGUGGAUUACAACCUACUCGAGCAUUUGGGGAUGCAGUCUACAAAUGGACGACAGCACAAGGCAAUGCCAUCGCCGAAGCAGUCAGAGAAGAAGGUGAUAAACCUCGAGGCGUUCGACCGUGGAAUUAUACCCCUCCAUACGUCACUGCCAGACCCGAAGUGACAUACAGGAAGUUGAAGAAUGAAGAUGGCGAUCAGCUGAAAUUCGUCAUCAUGGCUACUGAUGGAUUAUGGGACAGGUUAACAUCCGAAGAAUCCGUCCUGCUCAUCGCAUCAUACCUCGAUCAUUCCAAACAUUCUGAUAUUUCCAAAACGGAAUUACCCAACCUUUACCCCCUCUUACCAUCAAAGGGAGAACGACCAUACCCCGUACAAGACUUACCUCAACCCAAGGAUGAAUCAUGGGCUUACGAGGGGGAUACCAACGCUGCCACGCAUUUGAUCAGGAAUUCGCUAGCUGGAGCGAAUAGGAAGAAUAGAGCGGAAUUAUUGAGUUUGAAUGGGAAAGUAUCGAGGUGGAUGAGGGAUGAUGUUACUUGCACGGUUGUCUUCUUCGGUGAUGAUUCCGAGAAGAAGGAAUAG